AUGGUUGCUACGGCGGAGGCCUCGCUAAACAUAUUCCUAGAAAGCCCACAGUGGUGGCCCCGAAACAAAUCGGAAACAUCAUGUGGGUCAGCAGAAGUGCCCGCACAGUGUAAUGCUCGAGAGGCUUCUCACGAUCGCCUCCAGCAGCUCCGCCUCUUUCUCUCUGAAGCUUCCUUCGAGACAGUUGGCGGGAAAGCAAUUGAGGAAAACACGCCGGUUGAAGAAAAGCGUGAGACCUCGUGCCAAGCAUCUCUUUGCAUGGACAAUCGCCGUAGGCUUUCGCAAAUUAAAGAUGUUCCUCCUUGUUUUGCCCCCUUUACCCGCUUUAACUGUAAUGUGACUCUAGUUGCUCAGAGGCUCUUCAACGUAGCAAUGGGGGUCUCAGUCCUUUGCAGCGGGACUGCAACUAUUGAAGAAAGCCGAGAAAGCUUUGCUCUGCAGAUGUGGAAAGACGCGAAGCCAGGAGAAGUUGCCUACGUUCGGCAUGUCAUGCUUACCGCGCCUGAGUGCAGGUAUGAGCGGCAGCAACUCCUUUCCGGUGAUCCCUUUUCUUACGGCUUUCUGGUGGCCCGCCUUGAAUAUCUUUCCCCGCAGGUUCGCGAUCUCGUGCUGUCAGAAAGGCUGCCCUUUGGCGCCAUUCUGGACCGCUGUGGAGUCCGACGCUCCGUAGAAACCGAUCGCCAGCUGCACGUACACCUGAGAAGCGAUUUUUUCGACGUAAACAAAAAACUGCCUCUUCCUAAAAAGCAUGGCGGCUCACUACAGGACGCCGACGGAGAGGCGCUGCAGGGGAAGGACUUAAGGUGUCGCGCUCUCCAGACUUGCGGCGAAUGCCAGUGCAAAAUUUUACCUAAGGGUUCCUGUUGCACAUUUGGUCGGUUGACAACUGUUUGGUGCGAUGGGAAGCCUGCAGCGCGCGUAGUUGAAAUCCUUAACGAAAGAUUUGUGCUGCGUUCUCUUAUGAAAGAAAAGCAGCAACUGCUUGGGAAGAGUGGAGAGAACGCAGCUCCGCCUGCUGCAGAGGCUGGAACGGGCUCUGCUGGCAAAGCUUUCCAGUCUCGGUUUGCUUUUCUUCUCGGGCGGUGUCUUAUGUCGGUGGCGCUGUGUCCCGCGCACUGCAAACUCCUCCCCAGCCCCCAUGUGAAUGCGCGAAGUCUGCUGCGUGUCAAGAACUCCGGCGAUAAUUGUAGUCUUUGUGGAAGCAAGAGCUGCUCAACGGAUUUCCACUCCGCAUACACUGCAGACCUUCGCUGA